AUGAGUCGGAUCUCUUUCAGGUCAUCCACUGGAGGAGGCAUGAGGGGGUUUAGCUCAGGCUCUGCUAUCGUAGGAGGUAGCAGCGGGGCCAGGAGCAGCUUUAGCUCCGUCUCUGUCUCCAGAGUCGGAGGAGGAAGAGCUGGAGGUGGAGGAGGCUUUGGAGCUGGCGGUGGCUUCGGCAGCAGAAGUCUUUAUAACCUAGGGGGAAGCAAAAGGAUUUCCUACAGCUCGGUUGGUGGAGGGCUGCGGAGCGGAGCCGGUGGUGGAUACAGCUUUGGAGGCUUUGGUCUCGGCUAUGGUGCUGGAGCUGGAGCUGGCUUUGGCUUAGGAGGAGCUGGUGGCGGUGGAGGCUAUGGGCUGGGCAGCGGAUUUGGGCUGGGAGGUGCUGGAUUUGGGGGCAGAGGUGGCCCUGGGUUCCCUGUGUGCCCUCCGGGGGGGAUCCACGAAGUGACUGUGAACCAGAGCCUGCUGGCUCCCCUCAAGCUGGACAUCGACCCUGAGAUCCAGAAGGUGCGGACGCAGGAGAGGGAGCAGAUCAAGACCCUCAACAACAAAUUCGCCUCCUUCAUCGACAAGGUGCGUUUCUUGGAGCAGCAGAACAAAGUGUUGGAGACCAAGUGGAGCCUCCUCCAAGAGCAAGGUCACACAGUCACCAGGAAGUCCCUUGAGCCUCUUUUUGAAGCCUACAUCAACAACCUGAGGAGGCAGCUGGACAGCCUCUUGGGGGAGAGGGGACGCUUGGACUCCGAGCUGAGGAACAUGCAGGACAUGGUGGAAGACUUUAAGAACAAGUAUGAGGAUGAGAUCAACAGACGCACCGGGGCGGAGAAUGAGUUCGUGGUGCUCAAGAAGGAUGUGGAUGGUGCUUACAUGAACAAGGUGGAGCUGCAGGCCAAGGCAGAUGGCCUGGCAGAUGAAAUCAACUUCCUGAGAGCUCUCUACGAGGCGGAGCUGUCCCAGAUGCAGCAGCAAGUGUCUGACACUUCUGUGGUGCUGUCCAUGGACAACAACCGAAACCUGGACCUCAACAGCAUCAUCGCGGAGGUGAAGGCUCAGUACGAGGACAUCGCCAACCGCAGCCGGGCGGAGGCUGAGGCUUGGUACCAAAACAAGUAUGAGGAGCUGCAGGUGUCAGCGGGGCGGCACGGCGAUGAUCUGCGCAACACCAAGAUGGAGAUCUCGGAGAUCAACCGCGUGGUGCAGAGGCUGCGCAACGAGAUUGAGAGCGUCAAGAAGCAGUGUGCCAACCUCCAAGCAGCCAUCGCUGAGGCCGAGGAGCGCGGGGAGCUGGCCCUCAAGGAUGCCAAGGCCAAGCUGGCAGAGCUGGAGGAUGCCCUGCAGAAGGCCAAGGCUGACCUGGCCAGGCAGCUGAGGGAGUACCAGGAGCUGAUGAACGUCAAGCUGGCCCUGGACAUCGAGAUUGCAACCUACAGGAAGCUGCUGGAGGGAGAGGAGAGCAGACUCGCUGGAGAAGGAGUCGGAGCCGUCAGCGUCUCCGUGGUCAGCAGCUCCAGCGGGAUGAGCUACGGCGGCGGCAUGGGCAUGGGCAUGGGCGGGGGGCUCGGCAUGGGAGGGGGCGGCGGCGGCGGCGGCUACAGCCUGAGCAGCGGCGGCGGCUUCGGCGGCGGCAGUGGCGGCGGCUUCGGUGGGAGCUCGGCGUUCGGCGGGGGGCUCAGCUACGGAGGAGGCAGCAGCACCGCCUUCAGCUCCGGGAGCAGCCGAGGGGUCAGCUCCAGCACGGGAGGCAGCGUGAGGAUCGUUUCCAAGACCACCACCAGCAAAAAGACCAUCAGAUAA